CAGGACAUAUUGGCACAGCGCCGAGCGGAGAAACGAGUUUUCAGUCGACUCCGCGCUCUGUUUGACACCCACUUUCCUCCCGAGCACAACAACACUAAAUUAAACUCACAAAUGGUUUACGGCAGUGGUCGAAAUAAAGCCGUUUUUGCCAAGUUGUCCACAUUUUUAGAGCAGAGUGAGAGUCGCCGAGGAAUGACGUCAGGACGUAUCACAUUGAAUGAUGACGCCGUUUGAUCAUUAAAAAAAAAAAAAAAAAAAAAAAAAAAAAAAAAAUCAGACGUUAAAAAAUGUCAGAGAAUUAGGUCAGCUAACAACACGGUGCCGGCGGCCACAUUGUUCAGAGUAAGUACCGCGCGUUUGAUGCUAUAACUUUUACUAAAGAAGCGCCUCUGGUGUGAAAUAACCUGCUCCGAGGAGAAGAGAGAUGUCCGGUGUUUCCAGCAUCUGCAAACCAGAGCCGUAGCCGCUAGACCGGUCCGUCUCUCUCUCUCUCUCUGUGUAUGUGUGCCUCCCUCGGCUGUUUUAUUUUUUUUGUUUGUUUUUUUUUUUUUUGUGUGAGACCUGCAAACCCAAAUAGCGUGAACGCUAGUGUAGUCCCGGCCAGGGCUGUUUCUGAAUGGUUAUCCGGGGGAAGGAGAGGCAACGACAGAUCCCACCAGACAGAACCCAGGAAAUCAGUCCUCGCCUCGUCUCGACAGCCUGGUAGCAACACACUGCACAUUUCACUAGUUCCAACAUACACAAUCCCAGGACUGUAGGAUGUGAGCGCACUUACCUGCGACAUGUGAGCCCUGACAGUUGUGCCACAGAACGUCUUUGCCUGGAGUUUCAGUAAACAGAGUUUGGUUUGACGAUGUCGAGCCGCCGGAAAUCCACCACACCUUGCAUGGUGCUGCCCUCUGAUGUGGUGGAGCAGGAAGAGGUGGAGGAGAAAGUAGAAAGGACAAAGGAGGAAGAGGCAAGGGAGGAGGAAGAGGAGGGUAAGGUGAAGGAGGGGGCGGAGGAGGAGCCGACUGCUGAGGAGCUGGAUCAGGCUGUGGUGGUUGUCCCCACACCACCAGACGCAGAUGAACCCAGCGUCUCCGCUGUAGAAGACAAUGAAGUCCUCGGCCCCUCACUGAAGCGCUGUGCUCCGAAUCCUCCCGAUGAUCCGAGCAGUGACCAGUCAAUCCAGGAACAACAGGGCGACGCACCUGAGGAGGGGGGAGCAGACCCCGCAGCAGUUUCCGCCAUCUCUCUCAGCAAGACCCCGAUCAUGAGGAUGAAAACCAAAUCUGAGCCCAAGAGGAUUGCUGUGUCCCUGAAAUCCUCAGAGGAGGCAGCGGAGGGUUUUGGAGGAGGCGGCGAGGGAGACUUGGGAGGAGAGCAGGAACCCAUUGAAGCACCGCUGGGGCCAAUGACUCCUGUAGAGAUGCUGCUGCACGACUCUAUGAAGCACGGGGGAGGCGGCCUGCUGGUCAGCCCGCCAUCGGAGCAUCAGAGGAAAUCUAUUUUAAACCCCACAGUUCUGCCUGCUGGCCUGGCACAGGUACUUUCUGCCUUCCAGACCCAGCAGAGCACUGCAGCAGCUCAGCCCCAGUUACUGAUUCCUGUCAGCAGCAUCCCUUCCUACAGCGCUGCUAUGGACACCAACCCUCUGCUGGGUACCACGUAUAAGAAGUUCCCUUAUCCUUCUAUGGGAGAGAUUAGCAGCCUGGCUGCACAGACGCAGUUCACAGAGGAGCAGAUCAAGGUGUGGUUCUCAGCCCAGCGACUGAAGCACGGUGUCAGCUGGACUCCAGAGGAGGUGGAGGAGGCCAGGAGGAAACAGUUCAAUGGCACCGUGCACACGGUGCCUCAGACCAUCACGGUCAUACCUGCCCACCAACUGUCAGCUGCUAACGGCCUGCAGUCCAUCCUCCAGACCUGCCAGAUUGUGGGCCAGCCUGGCCUCGUGUUCACACAGGUCGGCCCCGGGGGAAACCUUCCCGUGACCAGUCCCAUCACUCUGACAGUGGCUGGGCUGCCCAGCCAGUCCCAGAGCUCCAGCAGAAUUUCCUGCCAGCCCACCCCAACAAACAGUGAGCUGAAACGAGCCACCACUGUCCAGCCUCCUUCCCUUUCUCCACAGGAGAAUUCGGCCCUCAGCGCUGACACUUUCAGUAUGCGACCUAAGAAAUCCAAAGAGCAGCUGGCGGAGUUGAAAGCCAGCUACCUGAAAAACCACUUUGUGACUGAUGCAGAAAUUGCCCGGUUGAUGAAAAUAACCAACCUGACAAAGGGGGAGAUCAAAAAAUGGUUCAGUGACACUCGGUACAACCAGCGCAACUCCAAGAACAGCCAUGUCAUUGUUUUCCACGACGGAGGAGGUAGAGGAGGCGGCGGCUGUAGCAGCACUGCCAGCACCACCAUUGUUAUUGACUCCAGUGACGAGACCCCCACAUCUCCACAUCCUCCACGCACACCUCCCGUGAAGGAGAAGGAAACUCGGCCCAAAACAUGGAACCCAUUUCCAGACUUUACCCUGCAGAAGUUUAAGGAGAAGACACCAGAGCAACUAGUGGUGCUAGAGGAGAGUUUUGAGAAGAGCAGUACCCCGUCAGAUGAAGAAUUGAGCCGCCUGAGGACGGGGACUAAACUGACACGCAGGGAAAUUGAUGCCUGGUUCACCGAGAGGCGAAAAAUGGCUGUCAGCACCUCCUCUCCAGAAUCUUCUGAGGGUGGAAAAAUGGAGGCAGAUGGAUCAAAAGUAGGAGAGGUGGCAGGAGCCGGAGGAGCGACCUCUUCUUCUCCUUCUACCUCCUCGUCUCAAAAGGGUAGUCUAACUCCUCCCGGAGGUCGCAGUAAGCAGCUGCCCAGCUGCAGCAAGAGAGACCUAAAAGAUAAAUGUAAAAAGUCUCCAGAGCAGCUCCAUAUUCUGAAAAGUGCCUUUGUGCGUACUCAGUGGCCCACGCCGGAGGAGUACGACCAGCUGGCGGAAGAGAGCGGCCUUCCUCGGUCAUACAUUGUCAGCUGGUUUGGAGACUCUCGGUACUCCUGGAAGAACGGAAACCUGAAAUGGUUCUUUCAGUACCAAAGCGGCAACAUCGAAGGACCAACUAGCGGAGGCGGCGUUAAAAUGGGAAGCGGCGGUCGGAAGCGACGUGGCCGCAAUCGUGGUUGGGGACGAUCUCGGACCAGGAAGCAGCCAAGGAGGUCCGCCUCUUCUUGUACAGAUGUUGACAGACUUCCCCCGUCAAAGAAAUUCAAGACUAGUAGGGAGAUCCUGAAGGAGUACUACCUGAAGCACCACUUCCUCAAUGAGCAAGAUCUGGAUGAGCUUGUGACUAAAACCAAUAUGAGCUACGAACAGGUGAGGGAGUGGUUUGCCGAAGUCCAGCGCCGCUUAGACAUGGGGUUAGAUCCAUUCCUGGAGCCGGCUGCAGGGAGGCCAGACGGAGACGAAGGAGCAGAGGAGGAAGAGGACGUGCAGGGACAGUCGUCAAUGGCCACCGAGGAGCAGCCCGGUACAAGGAUGGGCGAUGAAGACGAGGAGGAAGAAGACGAGGAGGAUGACGGCGACGAUACAGACGACAGUGAGGUUUGGGAGCCGUCACGUAGCGUGAGGAAGUCUUUGUCCGUUUCUGAAGACUAGUGAUUUAUGUGGGAAGCAGGAGUAAACUUUACUGAAUGUUACAGGACAAAUACUGGCUUGACCAAACCCUGGAAGACAGUCAGUCAGACCAUGUGUUUUUAGCCACUGAUUUGCAAGUGCAGUCAUUUCCAAAACGAAUUCCCAUUUUUCCCCCAAACUAUUUCUCAAUCAUGCCUAUAUGAGACUAACACAUGGACUUCUAGCUUUAGCUCACUCUGUCAAUGCUAUUACUUUGAUUUAAGAAUCAAGCUCUGCAAAUCUUACGUGGCACAUCUGACUUUGGUAAAGCAUGUAAAGCAGGAAUUACACAAUAUUUCUUUAAAAGAAAUACCAUGAAGUGCAAUCUUUAAGCUUAGCUUAAGAGGAAAAUUGUUGAGAUUAGAUGGUUGCCACAAAAUACGUUGCACCCCGACACAUCCCUUCAUUGAAAACUAUUAAUGAACGCUGACUGUUAUUAAUGACAGAUUUCGCACUCCUUGCUUGCUUAAUUGGAGCCAGUAAGAGAGAAACACAUCGAUGCCAUCUUUGUUACGCCGUUCUGAGCACAGGCCUAAAGUCAAACUUCAGUCUCCCCCCCUGGUCCUGAGCGAGUAGCACACCUCGGAGAAUAAAGGUGCGCACGUUGUAUCUAGGAAAGGUGCUCAAAUCAGUAUCGCCACUAGAUUUCACCGCUGAGCAAUGCGAACACACAACGACAACACCCAACGACACCAGCAUGCAUGUAACUGUGGAGUUUAUUUUAUAUGUUUUCUUUGGGACCUGCGAAGGUUCUCCCAAGGACCAGAUCAUCAGAAUUAGCAGGUUGUUUGAGUUGACAUGACUUGAGAAUGACUUUAUCUGUCUUAGAUGAAGGCUUAACAUGAAAGAGUACCUUAAUGUUGAAUGAAUGCCAUGAUGCUUUUAAAUAACACAAGAUGUCUUCCCUUGAUACUGGCAAUUCAAUUCAUUAAUAUUAUAUGUUUUUAACCAAACUCCUAUGGAUGGAUUUAAUGGGAAAGAUGUGUCAGAAUGUGUUUAAUUAUGCACUGAAAUUAAUGUUUUAAAUAGAUUUUUUCAUCUUUUAAUGGAACACAUCCUGUGCUAAAUCUGACCCUUUUUUGUGCCAAAGUUGAAUGUGUUGGCAGUGAGCUGUAGUUUACGGCAGACACGCUUUUUGUGAACUAAAUAUUGGCCACUGUGAGGUGGACGUCCGGUUCCACUGAAAUAAUAAUAAUAAUAAUAAUAAUAGAAACAAAAACAUUUUGCUGCAUUGUUUGUACUGGUGAUGGGUCUCUGAAAGGACUGAAGCAGAGUUUCCCCCCAAAUCAUGUAAAUGUAAGCAGCAGCUGCAGAUCCAACAUCAAAUUAAAUCAAAUUGUUGCUGUGAUAAGACAGCAAUCAGCACCAAAUCACUGACACGAGGCCCGUGAAUUAUUUUGGGUCCUGACCCGUACUUAAAAACUUUUUAACAGUAUUUCAUAGGGAUGUCCCGGUCAUGUUUUUUUGUUCCCCCUCGAUCUGAUACCGACCGUUUUACGUUCAGUACCGGCCGAUGCGAGUCCUGAUCCAAUCAUGAAUGAGCAGAAUUUUCUCUUAACAUGGUUUUCUUAUGUUACUUGUUUUCUCCUAGAUCACGUUUGCACUGUUAAGUACCAUAAUUAGGGCUGUUAAAGUUAGUGUAGACGAUAGCCUGUACCCUGUGCCCUUUAUUACAGAAAUGUGCUGGUAUCUGUAUGAUACAGAUCCGAUUAUUUUAAAAAUGCCUGGAUCAGCCUUGAUACAUAUCGGGACAUCCCUAGUAUUUCAGACAUUAAUUUGACUCUAUUCUGCACUGAAGAGUAAAGCUGAAGCACCUAAACUUUUUUUGUUUUUUUAAAAAAAAGCACUUUGUCCACUUGUGUUCAUAGUGGACUAAAUCCUGAUUAGGCACCUUAAUCUCAUAUUGUACCAUAAAAUGGCUCUGAGAGACCAAAUCUGUUUUGUAUGACGACAAACUGAACCAGUAUUUUGCCUUUUUUUAUCCUUGGAGGAAUAUUAUCAAUCUAUCCACUUUUAUAUUAUUGGAUGUAUUUCAUAGUUGUAAGAUUAUAUGGCUCAAAAGCAAGUAGAACAAUCACUCACCACUUUCAGUUAAAUUACACAAUUUCAGCCCCGUUUUGGAAUAAUUUCUCCGUUGUGUUAUGAUUGUUAUGUUUUGCAGUGUUGCUUUGAAUCAUGUGAACUGUUUCCCAUAUUCCCCUGAUGUUCCCACACGCCGUUGUUUUGACUCCUUACCCCUCUUCUUUCGUUCCCUUUUAAACAUGAAGACUCAUGAUGUGCACUUCCCAAGACGUUUCUGUAAAUGUUAACGGUGUCAUAUUGGUUCUCUGUCUCGUUAAAAUUUGCUGAAACGGUGACAGACCAACGGAGAGGGCUAAAGGGACAUCUUCAAAGGAAUGACAACUGUUCAGAAACUGAAAAACUGAAAAAACAGACAUUGUUGGAAACGUUGCCUUCUCUCUCGGAAGGAAUUGCUUGUGAUAAAGAGAAACUCUGCAGCAUUUCCUCUGCGGCGGGAAGUCUACCAAAUAAUGCUCCUCUUUUUGUUCAUGCUUUACUGCACUAAGAUGACAGGACAAAAGACUGAUAACUGUCUUGACUGCUGUUCACAGAAAGAGGAGAGACUGAUGACGCUUUGCAGGUAAACCUAUGUGCCUACGUGGCUCGUACGCUUGUUUGAACAGAAUUUCACCAUCACUCGUCGUUGGAAAUCAGAACUCUUUAGGUUAUCCUUAAAGAAGGCUUGUUCAAACGAAGUUGUGAUGCAUGAGAGCUCUGCUUUCUGCUGGCUCUAAAAGAUGCCUAGAAACUCUGACUUUGGAAACUCCGGCUGUAAGUCCUUAAACAGAUACCUUGUGGUUACGAUAUUUAAUUGUAUUUUAUCACCAGGCACUUGUCACAGUUGAUGCUGGCACUUUUAACUUUCCAGAAUGCCUUUCAGUGAACAUCUUUUAGGCCAGUCUUGGCUGUUAGCUGUAAGUUAGCUAGUUUAUAAGAACUGAUGGAAAGCUGAAACCUUCAUCCAUUUUGUUGUAAUGUGACAAGUGCCUGGCCAAGAACGUAACAAGCUCAAACUGUUAAGGUAUACCUUUGUCUAGUACUGCAUGCAAUAACCAAGACAAGCAACAGCUCAUUUUGUACAUACAAUAUUAUGGGUUGGUAUACUUGGCGCAGGGGAAGCCUGAUCUGGGCUAAACAGCUUGUAUUAGCUUUAACAACGCCAGUUACUUUUCAUUACCAAUGUGACUCCAACCACGUAACUGUUCUCACAGUGUUGUUUAAAUCUUUUCAAAUCGCAGAGUGUAGAAAUGUUAAAGAUGUUAAAUGUUAAAGCUACUGCUACGUUGGAGGGACUUGCAUCUACUAGCUAUCUCCAUUUCUCAUGGAAUUGCGGUAUCACCAAAAAGCACAUUCUACAGCUGCCAUUUUGUGCCCUUGUGUAGGAAUUUAAUUGGUAUUACAUAUGUUAAUUUCUGCUUAUCCUACAAAAAUGGCUGCUCAUAAUUAGCCUUGUUUAGUCCACAGGUUAGGCUUCAUCCUGCCCAGGUAUCCAGCCCACCGUCUUUUACAGCGUGCUCUUUCUUCACUAUAGUCAGUCUGUUCUGAACGGUUUUAUAUGUUUCUAUCUAUGAAAAUUGUGUCAUUAUAACUCUAUCCAGUGGACUGCUUGUUAACAAGUCAGACUCAUAAAAUAUGUACAGUAGAAUAGUGUUUUUGGAAUAGAAUCUGUUUAGAGUGCAGUCAGUGUUGCUCAAGUGGCUUUUUGGUACUUUGGUCAAAAAUAUAGAGUCAGAACUUGAUAGAAAAGACAUGCACUUAGAUGGACAAAUUGCAAAAAAGAAAAAAAAAUGAUAAGAAGAAGAAGAAUAAAAUAAACCUGGGAUUUGCUUUUUUUGUUGUUGUCGUCGUUUGCUAACAGUGUUUUUAGAUGUGAAGCUCUAAACCUACACUGUUUUAUAAUGAUGCAUUAAAGGACCUGCAUUUUGGAUUUAGUGACAUCUAGUGGUGUGGUAGCAGAUUACAAACACAAGAAUGUCACUCCCAUUCCAAGUGUGAUGAAGAAGAUACAGUGGAGGCCACUUAAAGGUUUAAACACAAGGAUCCAUGGAAGAGGAUCCGCUCCCUUUUUUCUUAGUUACAAGUGGUUAUACCCUAACGAAAACAGAUUUCUGCUAAUAGAAACUCCUAAAUCUGGGUCCUUUAAAUGUUACAGAAAAUUAAUGUCAUGAGCAAAUCAGUUCCUUAAAGGGGUGUUAAGAUACUGUCAUAGUGAUGACAUAUUUUCUGUCCAUUAUGAAACAAACUGUAUGAAUAUUCAGCCACCUUGACAGUUAAUGAAAACUCUGUAAUAGGUGAAUUGUAAGUGUUGUUGAAGCCAGCUGCACAGUUACAACUUAGCCUGUAUUCGCACACGUUCCCCCGGUCUGUUAAGGUGCCAUGUCUGUUCACUGAGCUGUGAUUUUAUAACCAACACUCAUCGUGUUAUCCCAGUUAAUGUUGUGCAGUAGAGCUAACUAGCUAGCUACAUUGUGAUCUGAGUAGUUUACCUGCUGUCCUAUUACGCUCAUAUGUCAUAUCUGUAUCCUUCGCUAUACUCCUGCUAUAGUCCUCACUCGUUUUCUGUACUUGGACAGGUAUUCAGUUGAAUGUUUCUUACUACAAUCAGAGGCUCAGAUGUUUUCACUUUUCUUUUUUGUUCUUUUUUUUAAAAAAAAAAAAAAAACAGCACAUUGUCAGAAAUUCAAAAUACUGUACCUAUGAACAGAAACUUUCUUCUUUUUUGACUUUAACUCAUCUACAGUAGAGGUUUCGUCUGUAUUCUGAUCAAAUUUUUACCUGCUGACUGUUUUUACCCCACUGGUGUUGCUUCAGCAUACUGUGUACAUCUUAAGACCUGUCUUUCAGUUCCUGUGUAAAGCUACAGUUGGUUCCACAGACACAGAUAUAAUGACAGUGAUCUGAGUGUGUGCUUUGCCUUAAUAAAUGUUCUUUUAGACAUUUUAAAAGAUCACUCCUGAUUUUAAUUGUACACAUGAUUCUUAGAUGCAUGUUUUAAAAGCAUAAAUGUGUGAACUACCAUGAUCUGUACCCAUGAGCCGUACCCACACUGAUCACUAGAUGGAGCUCUGGGAAUAAAACUGACUUGUGUUUAUUUCUUUUUUUUUAAAAUUUCUUUCUUUUCUUUUCUUUCUUUCUUUCUUUUUUUUUUUUUUUUUUUGUUUGCAGUUGCCAUAGUUAAAGAUGACAGUCCCACCCAGGAUUAUUCUUUGUCUGUGAAACAAACAUUUACACUGCACAUCCUGAAGUGUGUUGGAAAUUGAGAGUAUCUGUCAUAAGCAUUGAUUGGACACAGUGUGUAUGUGUGAUCACUCAUGCAGUACUGCUUCAGAAAGCUACAAAAUAAUUCCUUGCGUCCCCUGUAAUCUCCAGCUUGUAUCUACCAGCUGUGACACUGACAAUUUGUGCAAUGUUAAUUUAAACCCCAGCUGUUAUUGAGGCUCUGGCUUGAUUUCUAGCUUGAUCUUGAAAAGAUUUUAUAUUUUAUACUUGUUUGAGGACAAAACCCAAUAAAUUUUGAUGAAAAGUG